AUGCCCGCACCCCUCCACAUCGCAAUCCUAGAUUGUGAUAUCCCCGUUCCCAACGUCUACGCGGCCCGGAAUUACUACAGCGAUAUCUUCGCCUCAUUACUACGAGAUGCGGCUUCUAAAAGUGCAGAGUUCGAGGGAUUGGAGUUGAAGUUUAGUAGGUAUGAUUCUAUGAAGGGGGAGGAGCCUUCGGAUGAGGAAUUGAGGGGUUUGGAUGGGAUUAUAAUCACGGGAUCAGCAUCUUCAGCAUAUGAUAAAGUCCCCUGGAUAGAAGCCCUCACUGCGUUAUGCCAUAAAAUAUACACUCAACACCCACACAUCAGAAUCUUCGGCUCCUGUUUCGGCCACCAACUCCUCAGCCACGUCCUCUUCUCUCCCCCAGGUCAAAAUAUCGUCUGUAAAGACCCCAACGGCUGGGAACUAGGCGUGCAUCCCAUCACUCUCUCUCCCCAAUUCCAAGCCCAUUUCGGACCCGUGACCUCGAACCCGGAGCGUCCUAAUGAGCUACGCCUACAAUUUGUGCACGCGGAUCAUGUGGAUUUACAUGAGCUCCCCGAGGGCUUUGUGUCGGUAGGCCGAUCGAGUCAUUGUGGACUCCAGGGCGUGUGGAAACGGGGGAGGGUGUUGACGUAUCAAGGACAUGCGGAGUUUGAUCGUUUUGUGAAUUGUGAGACGUUGAGGGUUUUUGGGAAGGUGAUUUGGGAGGAGGAGUUUAUAAAGAGGGCGUUGGAGCAGGUUGAUCAGGAUGAUGAUGCGGUGUGGGCGGCUGGUGUUAUGUUGAGAUUCUUCUUGGAGGAUGGCGAGGGGCUGGAGAGGACGAAGGAGAUGGUGUUGGAACGGACGGAGGCCUCGACUGGCUCAUUUCUUCGCUUUCAGAUGGAGAAGAUGGCGAGGUUGUUGCAGUAUGUGCAGGAGAUGUGGAGUAGCUGGUUCUCUACGGGUUGGAAGAGUAAAGAGCACAUUGAGUGA